ACAUCCGGACUCGCGAGGCUGAGUCGUGCGCGGAGCACUCUGGGACUUGUAGUUCUUCAGAUGGAGCGAGCUGUGCCGCAAGCGAUGCCUUUGGGUCAGGUGAGGCGGGCAUCGUGCGCGGUGACUUCUGGGAUGGAAGUGUUUCAGGCCCUGGAGCGGCUGCACAUGACUAUUUUCUCCCAGAGUGUCUCUCCCUGUGGGAAGUUCCUGGCAGCUGGCAACAAUUAUGGACAGAUAGCCAUCUUCAGCUUAUCUGCUGCUUUAAGCUCUGAGGCCAAGGAGGAAAGUAAGAAGCCCGUGGUGACCUUCCAAGCCCAUGAUGGGCCUGUCUACAGCAUGGUCUCCACUGAUCGGCAUCUGCUCAGCGCUGGGGAUGGGGAGGUGAAGGCCUGGCUUUGGGCAGAGAUCCUCAAGAAGGGCUGUAAGGAGUUGUGGCGGUGUCAGCCCCCAUAUAGGACCAGCCUGGAAGUGCCUGAGAUCAACGCUUUGCUUCUCGUCCCCAAGGAGAAUUCCCUCAUCCUGGCGGGGGGAGACUGUCAGUUGCACACGAUGGACCUUGAGACGGGGACCUUUUUGCAGGCCCUCCGGGGCCACACAGACUACAUCCACUGCCUGGCACUGCGGGAGCGGAGCCCCGAGGUGCUGUCGGGUGGGGAGGAUGGGGCUGUGCGGCUUUGGGACCUCCGCACGGCCAAGGAGGUCCAGACCAUUGAGGUCUACAAGCACGAGGAGUGCUCAAGGCCCCACAAUGGGCGCUGGAUCGGAUGUUUGGCAACUGACUCAGACUGGAUGGUCUGUGGAGGGGGCCCAGCACUCACCCUCUGGCAUCUCCGCUCCUCCACGCCCACCACCAUCUUUCCCAUGCGGGCCCCACAGAAGCAUGUCACCUUCUACCAGGACCUGAUUCUGUCAGCUGGCCAGGGCCACUGUGUCAACCAGUGGCAGCUUAGUGGGGAGCUCAAGGCCCAGGUGCCUGGCUCCUCCCCAGGGCUGCUCAGCCUCAGCCUCAACCAGCAGCCAGCAGCUCCUGAGUGCAAGGUCCUGACAGCCGCAGGCAACAGCUGCCGGGUGGAUGUCUUCACCAAUCUGGGCUACCGUGCCUUCUCCCUGUCCUUCUGACCUCUGGUAGCAGCCACACUGUCCCAGGGAUCUGAGUGCUUUUUUUUUAUACAAAUAAAAUGUCAGGCUUUUC